GUACCUACCUGUGAUCUUUAUAAAACAGAACAGCCACUUAGCCCCAACCAAUCACCAUGAGUAUACGAACGUGUAUAGCGGUAUUAAUCACUGUCAUUAAACUGUGCAUCUGUGAUGACCGCUAUGGUGACCUAAAACAGAAUGAGGCUUUGUGUGCGCGUUUUGGAAUGAAUGCACUGUUCGACCCUGAAAUGGUGAUCAAGACAAAAUGGCGGAUAUACUACACUUGGAAUUUGAGAUUGUCCUUUGGAUGCCUUGAUAUGACGUUCAAAACUGUUAAUCCAAUGAUCAUCAACCGCUUCUAUUCCGACAUGAACAAGCACUUAGAGACGCAGCCAGUGUGGGAGGCGGCUACCCUGCUGGUGACCAUGGGCUACUUUAACCAUCAGAUGCUGCUGUUAGCUGAGCCUGGGCCCGCUGGCAAAUUUAUCGGCAUACCGAACAUCUCACAACGAGCUAUCGAGAUGCUGCCGCACCCAGCCAGCGUGCCGCUCCUCAAGUUCCAGCUGAAGCUGAUCCGCGACGGCAAGUUCCUGAUCAUGAUGGACUGCCACGUCGGGGCGGUGUCGCUCUCGGCUCGGUACAGCGGGACGCCGCCUACUGAGGAGGAGUUGGCCGAGGCUGUGGCUGAAGCUGGGCUGGGCGAGGGCUUCUCAGCUUGCAUGAAGGGAAAGAAACCUAUUAAAUUCUAGGACAACAAACGUCGACAUCAUUGAUAAAUAUACAGUACUUGAGUCCAAUUAUCCAAUACGGCUUACACCAACAUCAACCCAUUAAACAUCGACAACAUACAUCAUCAUAUAUACUGGGUCAAGCAGAUCUUGUCAGUAGAAAAAGGCGGCAAAUUUGAAAAAUGUAGGCGCGAAAGGAUAUCGUCCCAUAGAAAAUUUGAAUUUCGCGCCUUUUUCUUUGCUUGACCAUCUAUACAUAUCAUGUCACGUGUAUAUUUAUGUAUUCCUAUGUGACUUAGCAUGAAUAAAUGAAAAUGAAAUAGAAGUCAAUGUCCCACGAUCUAAGUUCAAGAUUUAACUAUGUUGAAUUUUAAAGUGGCUAAUAAAGUGUACUUUCUGUGACUACUGGAAUGUUAAAGCAAGUUUAGAUAAAUAAAUACCUACUUUAUAUAUUUUAAA